UUUGUAUUGGGUCUGUCUCUGUGCUGUCUGCUGUGAGUUGGAAAGGGACGCUCUCGGGUGAGAGAAUGCUGGGGGACCCCACGGCACUCUCCCCAGACAGAGCCCUGCUCACCGGCAGCCCUAAACCUGGCUUCAGUUGUAAGAUGGUUCUACAGGCAGUAGGAAGAGUGCUAAGGAAAUCGAAGACAAAGCCAAAUGGUAAGAAGCCUGCAUCGGAAGAGAAGAAAUUGUACUUGGAACCAGAGUAUACACGCGUCCGUGUUACCGAUUUUGAAUUCAAGCAACUGGUGGCGUUACCGCAGGAGAUUGACCUCAACGAGUGGUUGGCGAGCAACAUCACCACUUUCUUCAACCACAUUAACCUUCAGUACAGCACCAUCUCAGAGUUCUGCACAGGGGAGACCUGCCAGACUAUGGCUGCCUGCAACACACAAUACUACUGGUAUGAUGAGCGGGGGAAGAAAAUAAAAUGCACAGCACCACAAUACAUAGACUUCGUCAUGAGCUCCGUACAGAAACUGGUAACAGACGAGGAUAUCUUCCCCACCAAAUACGGCAAGGAAUUUCCAAGCUCGUUUGAAUCUUUAGUCAAAAAGAUCUGCAGAUACUUAUUCCACGUUCUGGCCCACAUCUACUCUGCUCAUUUCAAAGAAAUUGCAGCCCUGGAGCUACAUGGACAUUUAAACACUCUCUUGAUCCACUUUCUCCUCUUUGUACGGGAGUUCAGCUUACUGGACCCCAAGGAGACCGCCAUCCUGGAUGACCUGUCUGAAAUCCUCUUCUCGGAGGACAGCAGGGAAGCAGCGGGGGCCACGGGAGGGGCACAGAACCAUGUAAAGGAGAGAUGAGCCCCCCUCCCCACUAUUGUCCCGCUUCCUCUCCUCCCACUGCCCACUCCCAACGUUCCCCAGCCCCUACAGAGCUGGACUACCUCCAAGCUCGAGCACAGGGGAUAAGUGGGUUACAGGAACUGCAAUGCCAGUUUUGGAUGUGGGGAGGGCUCUGCCUGUUAUUCCCCAGCUUGAAGGGGAGAAAACUUUGCUCUUAUCUGUAGCAGGAAGUUGCACCAAUUACCACCUUAUUUUUAUUUUGUGUCUUGAGUUUUUCUUUCUUCCAUCUUUUUGUUCUUUACUUUCUAUCCUCAUUUUGAUUCCUCCUGUUUGUGUUUUCUUAAUUUUCUUUCUCUCUCCUCUUUUCUGGUUUAAUUCUAUUAUUCUAUAAAGAGAAAAUAUUUAAAUUUUCUAUUUUAUUUUGCUGUGGCUUUUGGAAGAACGAUAAUGGCAUCUGAUUGGGGUGACAAAUGGGUGAGAUGGACUGCCUGAGCUGAGAAGAUUAUCCUAGCUGCUGCCUGUAGUCUCCUCUUGUGGAUCGAAUCAAGUCUCCUCCCCUCAUAUUUGGACAUCAACUUCCUCUCCCCACGCUGGGGAAGAGGGGGGGUGCAGGGCGCUCACCCCUGGUUGAGGUGGAACCGUAUGGUCAGCUUCUUUUAGUUCAUCUGUUAAAUAAUGAUAAUAUUAAUAAUAAAACAGAUUCUAUCAGUC